GAUUCGAUUAACAGUUACGACUGUUUGUGAUAAGUGAAGAUUAGUUGAAGUUGAUACGUUUUAGAUAACGACAGGUAGUUAUCGACAAUGCACGGAAUCACGAAUUGUCUACAUAAACUAAAAAAAAGUUCUCGUGAUUCAACACUUACGACAACCAAAGACAGCGAUGAAAACACAUCUAUUUCACCAAGCGCCGGAAGUCCUCGGGGAGCUGUACGAAAUGUCGAACCGUCGAAAAGGGUACCUAUUACUCAAAGGUGGAAUAGUGGCCAACGUAGCUUGGGACACUCACCGCAAGAAUUAGCAAGAAGUCCACCGUGGCAAGAAGAGGCCCGGGCUUUACCUAUUCAUUAUCGACGUUAUUCUUUAUCUCGGUCCCAGAGUCCUACCCACGUAGAUUUUCCUGGCCCUAGUUCGGCACCGAAACAUGAUUACAGGCAUUUCGUUUCGCCGCUUUAUAAUGAUGCGAUGGACGAUAUAAUAGAAAAUGAUUACAACAAAUGUGAUUUGUACGGAGAAAUAAGUACAGACAAACUGGACCACCGCCCUUAUGCGGACCGGUUUGAUAAUAAAGGUUUUGCACAAAAGUUGGUCGAGUGCUCGAAGUCUCCUAAAAGCAACUAUUGUACUCGUGAGAGGCGUGAAUCUGGCGGCAGCAGCCAUAGGCACAAACACCACUCUAUACAAGAUUUGAUCCGGUCAUUUAGUAAGAAAAUGGGAAGCUGGAGGCAUGAUACGUCCGGAAGACGCAGCUCUUGCGCGGUGCCAGCCACAAGCACAGAUGUUCCUUGUAAAGAAGACGUCCGCGGCAGAUCUAAAUCACUCGAUCCCGAUCACUUGCAUAGUAUAAUACGGCAUCCUAUACUUGAUGAUUGUGGUGAAACGUAUCGAAUUUUUGACGCCAUCAUCCAACAAGGUGCUGAAUUACGCCGAGAGAGGGCUCAGGAGGCUGCAAAGAGACGUUCUUCGCUUGAUAAUUGUUCUCGACCGGGUCGUCAUCGCGGCUCCAAUGCCCUCAUUGACCCAGAACGCGCUGCGAUGUUGUUCCGAGACGCUAGGGGGUUACCCGUGGCAGAUCCUUUUAUAGAAAAAUUGGAUCCCGAUGGCGCAACGAGAGAUGAUUCGCAGAUCUUCGUGAAGUUCUUCCGCUUCCACCAGUGCUACGACUUGAUACCAACGUCUGCUAAGCUCGUCGUCUUCGACAUCCAGCUCCUCGCGAAGAAGGCGUUCUUCGCUCUCGUCAGCAAUGGCGUUCGAGCGGCACCGCUUUGGGACAGCCAGAAAGGAAAGUUCGUUGGAAUGCUAACGAUCACUGAUUUCAUUAAGAUUUUGCAAAUGAACUACAUGCAUUCUGGCGUCGCUAUGGAAGAGUUAGAGAACCAUAGCUUGUAUACUUGGCGCGAUAUACUGAAGGAUCACGACAAGCCGCUCGUUUCUAUAACGCCAGAUGAUUCUUUAUUCGAUGCCAUAUAUACAAUAAUACAUAACAAAAUACAUCGGCUACCAGUAAUAGAUCCUGCUACUGGUGAUGUCUUAUAUAUUAUAACACAUAAAAGGAUACUCAGAUUCCUUUUCUUAUAUAUAAAUGAAUUACCAAAGCCGAGAUACGUGAACAGUUUACUUCGCGACCUCGAUAUCGGUACAAUGGAUAAUAUAGAGACAGCUACAGAAGACACGACCAUCAUAGAGGCACUCCACAAGUUCGUAAAUAGAAGAGUAUCAGCACUGCCUGUAGUUGAUAAUGAAGGAAGACUUAAAGAUAUUUACGCGAAAUUUGACGUUAUUAAUUUAGCGGCAAAAAGGACUUACAAUAACUUAGAUGUGACAAUAAAAGAGGCCAACAAACAUAGAAACGAAUGGUUCGAAGGAGUUUACAAAUGCAAACUCGAUGAGACCUUAUAUGAUAUUAUGAAGAGGAUUGUAAGAGCUGAAGUACAUCGUCUUGUUGUUGUUGAUGAUGAGGACAAAGUAAUUGGUAUAAUAUCUCUAUCUGACCUGCUCAGUUACAUGGUGUUACGUACAAGUGGGAAAGGGACAGAUGUUCAGCACAAAGAGCAUGCUUCUAUCGCGGAAGGAGAUGAAAACCCCGAAAAGCCUGCACAAGAUCAUGAGGUUAACGAUUCAGUAAAUGAGGAAAGCGAGACUGAAAAACAGUAAAAAUCAAUGUGAUUGUAAGAAUUUAGAUUAAGAGAUUAUUAUUAUUAUUUUUUUAGUUGUUUACGUCAACGCGAUACGCACUAUCAGACAAAGUACUUUGAUAAAAUUCGAUGUUUUUUUUUUUAUAAUUGG